AAUAAUCAUGGCUGCCUCCCCACCAACAAACAUGAGCAUGAAAAAUACAGAAGAAGAAAUUAACUCUACAGUGACUAGUGACGGGUGUUCGGCUACAGAAAAUGGAAACGAACAAACUGAGAAAGAUAUCUCUAAAACAGGGAGUGAGGACCCUUUUAAGAAACCUGCGCUUUUCACGGCGCCUUCCGUCAACAAACGCAGCAACGUCGCGGUUCCGUCGAAAAACUCACCAGCAGAAACGGGAAACGUAGACGACCAAAACAAAACCCGCGUUGAAGAUACAACCGGCGACGUUUCUUCUUCUAGUGACAACCGUGAAGGCGAGUCCUCAGAGAAAGCCUGCGAGGAAGACGAAAACGGGGAAACGGGCCAAACCGACGCUCCAUUGAAACCCAAAGUUGAAGUGAAGCCGAAGGUGCGUCCUUUUAUCGGACCCGCGGCUGGAAAGUUCCCCCCUAUUCCGUACACAGAGCCUCCCUGGGGUUGCACUCAGUCAGAGCUCCCUUACGCCUUGGAGAUCCUCAAAAACGGGGCCAUAGUGGACACGGUGCCUCUGACCGACAGGAGCUACUUCGUGGUGGGCCGGUUACCGGUGUGUGACGUGGCCCUGGAGCACCCGUCCAUCUCCCGGUACCACGCGGUCAUCCAGUACCGCGGACAGACCGGACAGUCCGGGCCAGAGGGCUGCACCGGGGAGGAGAGGGGCUUCUACGUCCACGACCUGGGCAGCACGCACGGCACGGUGGUGAACAAGAACAAGAUCCCGCCGAAAACCUACAUCCGACUGCGCGUGGGGCACGUGCUGAAGUUCGGAGGGAGCACGAGACUGUUUGUGCUGCAGGGUCCAGAGUUUGAUGAGGAAGAGGAGUCUGAACUGAGUGUGACGGAGCUGAGGGAACGGGCCCGGAAACAGAAAGCGGAGCUGGAGAGGAAGAUGAUGGGAGACUUCUCUGACGAGGAAAAGGAGGAGGUGGGGGAGGGCGAGGACACCAAGGCCCAGAAGAAAAGGUCCAGUGCGGACUCAGGCUGCACCUGGGGGAUGGAUGAGGAUGCGGCUCCGGAGGAGGACGAGAAUGAAGAAAACCCCUUUUCGACCGAGUUCCAGGAGGACCAGGAAGCGGCGUACCUGAAAGACCCGAAGAAGGCUCUGCAGGGAUUCUACGACAGAGAAGGGGAGGAGCUGGAGUUUGAGUAUGAGGACAAAAGUCACGGCGCCUGGCUCUGCCGGAUAAAGCUGCCGGUGGACGACGCCCAGGGCCGGCAGCUGGUCGCCGAGGUAACCCACACGGGGAAGAAGAAGGAGGCGGCCGUCCAGUGCUGCCUGGAGGCCUGCCGCAUGCUGGAGGCCAGGGGGGUGCUGCGGCAGGAGGCAGGUGAGGGCCGGGGGCCGGCGUCUGAGGGGGGGGGGGGCCGUCGUGUCCACUGUAGCGAAAGCCGCGUGCGCUUUCUGUUCUCAGUGUCGCGCAAACGCAGGAAAAAGAACUGGGAGGACGAGGACUACUACGACAGCGACGACGACACCUUCCUGGACCGGACCGGCACCGUGGAGAAGAAGAGGCAGGAGCGCAUGAAGAAGGCCGGGAAGAUCGAGGAGCGGCCCGAGACCUACGAGUCGCUGGUAAACAUCCGGCGCCGCAGCUUUUCCCACAACCGGGGCACGUCCCUGAACGCAGCCUCAGAAAAGUCUGUGGGCAGACUGUCUGGGGUGGAGAAGGAGCUGGCGGCGGCUCAGGCCAAGCUCAGCGCGGGGAAACGAGACUCCUCGGGCUCCUCCGCCGAGGACUCGCUGGACGCCUUCAUGACGGCGGUGAGGAGCGAGGCGGCCAUGGACGCCGUGCAGCGCCGGAAGCUCCACGUGCACGUGGCCGACCUGCGGCGGGAAGCCCAGAGGCUCCGGAGGCUGGUGGAGCUGACCCGACCGGCCCAGAUGCCCUCCCUACAGCCCAGCGGCAGCUCGGAGUCCGAGAAGCCUAAAAAGACCUUACCGCUGUUCGGAGCCAUGAAGGGAGGCAAGAAAUUGAAGCUUAAAACCGGAACCAUUGGGACGCUGCCCCCAAAGCGGCCAAACCUCCCCGCCGAGCUCUUCAACAUGAAAGCACUUCCUGGGGGGGAGGAAGAGGAGGAGGAGGAGGAGGAAGAGGACGCAGCAGAGAAGAAGGAGGGCGAUGGUGGAGGAGAGGACACCACUGAGCCAAAACCUGGAACUGAGGACUGUGAUGCGUCCACAUCUAGAAAAAGCCCAGAUUUGGGGGGUCUGGAAGAUGGGUCAGAGGGGCCCAAAGUUGAAGAGGUGCAGCAGGUUUCUGUGCCGAGAAACAAGUCAGCAGCCCACAGGAGUCCAGAGCCCGCGGCAGAGGGUGGAAAAGAGCCCGCAGCAGGCCCCCAGAAGAAGAAGAGGGUGAUGGGCCCCAGCAGGCCCCCCGUGCAGCUGUCCGCUCAGUACCCAGAGGAUGACCCCGAUUAUUCGGUGUGGCUUCCUCCUGCAGGUCAGACCGGAGACGGCCGCACUCACCUCAACGACAAGUACGGCUACUGAGAGGGGACACCUGGGUCUUCUAAAGCCUCGGCUGACCAUUAACCCCGUCCCCUGCAUGCGGUUCAGCUCUGAGACCGGACUCUGCUGGCUCUCCUCCCCCCCCGACAGUAACGGAGACCGCUCGAAUUUGAUCCUUUUAUUUGAAUUCAAGCAGAAAAUAGGAGGAGGCAGAGCAGGAGCUGCAGCUGAUCUGGAGUCAGCUCUCUGGUCUUUGGCUGCUCCUCCUGCAGUUAAACCAACGUGACGUGCAAUCCGCAUCCCUCCCCUGUUUGGCUUCAGUGUAUUGCUGGCAAAAACCUUUUUUUUUUUUCUACAUUUUUGU